AUGUAUCAACAUCCACGAAAUCUGAAUCGUGUAGUUACAGAAGGUGACGGUAACAUCUCCAACGGUGGAAUCCAAGUGACCCCAGAUGGGAUUAAUUCCAAUUGGAGCCGGCAAGUUGGCCGGACAACAUUCAUCAGACCACUGCAUCUUUGGGACAAUAGGUCUGGUGAGCUAGCCAGCUUCAGUACAAAUUUCAUGUUUGUCAUCGAUUCAGAUGGAGAUAGUUCGUACGGUGAUGGCCUCACAUUUUUUCUUGCUCAGAAUAACUCUGUGAUGACCGCUGGUAGAGCCAUGGGUCUCCCGGUCAACUACACAACCAAUGAGCCAAUGAGCCCAUUCGUUGCAGUUGAGUUUGAUACUUUCUGGAACGAUAUUGAUGCAGUUGCCUCUGGAAAUGUUACAUUAAGGGAUCAUGUUGGUAUAAACAUCAAUUCUCUAUUUUCUGUUAAAUCUCAUAAAUGGCUAAGCAAUGUAACUGGUGGGGGCAUGUGUCAAGCUUGGAUUGCAUAUGAUUCUGUUUCGAAAAAUCUUAGUGUGUCCUUCACUGGUUAUCAAAAUAAUACGGUGGUGCGUCAAGAUGGACUUGUUUACACGGUUGAUCUCAGGAACGAGUUGCCUGAAUGGGUUAUCUUCGGGUUUUCCGCAGCCACUGGAAAUCAGUCCCAGAAACAUAACGUGAGAUCUUGGACUUUCAAUAGUUCAGAUUUACAGGUUGAUGUAAACAAUGGGAAAAAGUGCAAGGUGGGAUUGAUAGUUGGGAUAUCAGUUCCAGUUACCUUAUUGGUUGUGCUUGCAUUUGUUUGGUGGAGGAAGAAGAAGAGCAGAGAAGAAGAACCAGAAGAUAUGGCAUUUGAUGAAGAGAUGAACUAUGAAUUCGAAAUGGGCACCGGAGCUAAAAGGUUCUCUUACCAUGAAUUAGCUCUGUCAACUUGCCACUUUGCAGAGAAACAGAAGCUUGGAGAGGGAGGAUUUGGUAGUGUUUACAAAGGUUUUUUGAAAGAUUCGAGCACUAACGUUGCGGUGAAAAGGGUGUCAAAGGGUUCCAAACAAAGGAUAAAGGAAUAUGCAUCAGAAGUGAAGAUCAUUAGUCGAUUGAGACACAGAAACCUUGUGCAACUCAUCGGUUGGUGCCAUGAGAAACGAGAACUCCUCCUUGUUUACGAGUAUAUGGAAAACAGAAGCUUAGAUUCACAUCUUUUCGAGGAGAAGAGCGUAUUGACAUGGGGCACAAGGUUCAAAAUUGCCCAAGGCCUUGCUUCUGCUUUAUUGUAUCUGCAUGAAGAAUGGGAGCAAUGUGUUUUGCAUAGAGAUAUUAAAUCUAGUAAUGUGAUGUUGGAUUCGAAUUUUAAUGCGAAACUUGGUGAUUUUGGGUUAGCUAAGUUGGUUGACCACGAGAAAGGCUCGCAGACAACCAUGUUAGCCGGAACCAUGGGGUACAUGGCUCCUGAAUGUGUAGUGACCGGAAGGGCAAGCAAGGAAUCAGAUGUGUAUAGCUUUGGAGUUGUUGCCUUGGAAAUAGCUUGUGGACGACAAUGUAUGAAGUUCAAGGCUGAAGAAAAUAAACAACGGCUACUAGAAUGGGUUUGGGAGCUCUAUGGAAACUAUACCAUUUUAGACGCAGCCGAUCCACGUCUUGAGUUAGAUUUCAAGGUAGAAGAAAUCAAGUGUUUGAUGACAACUGGGUUAUGGUGCGUGCACCCUGACCCAGAACUUCACCCAUCAAUGAGACAGGUGAUUCAAGUAUUAAACUUUGAAACUUCAUUGCCUAUACCCCCAUCAAAGAUGCCACGGGCACCUUACUUGAUUCCCCUCAUCUCUUCAUUAGAUGAAAAUACAGAUUCCUAA